AUGGAUACUUCACCGUGUACUGGAAAAAACACAAAAAAAUGUGGGAGCAGAAAGAGCGCACAAUUGGAGAACGCUGGCCCAUGUAAACGUUUUGUCAAUGAAACAAAUAAACAAAACAAAUUUCCGCAGCAUAGAUUCGUAAAAGCCAUUCCGAUAAAGACAACCACGAAUCUUAAACCACGUAUGAAUUCGUACGCCCAUAUUGCUGCAGUUCGAUACUCGAUGCUGUACAUGGAAACAAUGUCGGAAAACAUCGAUAGCCGGGAGCCCAGCGAACAUGUCAGCCUUCCAUUUUCGACGGAUACGGACAAUUGA